CAGAUGAAGUCUGAAGCUGAGGUACCACUGGCAACUUCUGGACUGUCACAGUGGAUAUAAACCCACAGAUUACUUCUGGACUAUCUCUAUCUGUGAAAUAUUUGCAGUGAUUUUUUAAUUAUUAUUAUUAUUAUUAUUUCAGACAUUCAGAUUCAAUGUCUGCAGUGUGUUAAUUUGCCUCAGAGACUGCUAUUUAUUUGCAGAGCUCAUCUAGCCUUGUUCGAGAGCUCCUGGCAAGGUCCUCAUAUUUGUAAAACAUCUUGAAUUUGAAGAGGAGUUUUCUGAGCAACAAUGCCGCCUGCCAUCGGUGGUCCUCAAGGCUACACACCACCUGAGGGUGGCUGGGGAUGGAUGGUGGUGAUUGGGGCUUUUAUUUCUAUCGGCUUCUCUUACGCAUUUCCGAAGUCCAUCACAGUAUUCUUCAAGGAGAUUGAGGUGAUCUUCAAUGUGACCAGCAGCCAGGUGUCCUGGAUCUCCUCCAUUAUGUUAGCAGUCAUGUACGGCGGAGGUCCUAUCAGCAGCAUCCUGGUUAAUAAAUAUGGGAGUCGCCCUGUUAUGAUAGCAGGGGGAUGCCUGUCUGGAUUGGGCCUUGUUGCUGCCUCCUUCUGCAACUCUGUUGGGGCACUGUACUUUUGUAUUGGUGUGGUGGGAGGUUUGGGAUUAGCCUUCAACCUCAACCCGGCCCUCACCAUGAUUGGAAAGUACUUCUACAAGAAGCGGCCUAUUGCUAAUGGGAUUGCCAUGGCUGGAAGCCCUGUCUUUCUCUCCACCCUGGCUCCUUUAAACACCUGGUUCUUUGACAAGUUUGGCUGGAGAGGAAGUUUCCUGAUUCUUGGUGGCCUGCUCUUCAACUGCUGUGUCGCUGGUUCCCUCAUGAGGCCAAUAGGACCAAAACCCAAACCGGUAGAGAAGACCAGAGAGAGGAGAACUGUAGCGCAGACCAUUAACAGCUUCAUUGACCUCUCUUUGUUCAAGCACCGUGGCUUUUUACUUUAUAUUGUGGGCAAUGUUGUCAUGUUUUUUGGCCUCUUUGCACCACUGGUGUUCCUCAGUAAUUAUGCAAAGAGUAAAGAAAUCCCUAAAGAAAAGGCAGCUUUCUUAUUGUCUGUGCUGGCUUUUGUUGACAUGUUUGCCCGGCCCUCAAUGGGCAUUGUGGCCAACACCAAAUGGGUGCGGCCCAGAAUACAGUACUUCUUUGCUGCCUCUGUGCUGUACAAUGGCGUGUGCCACGUUCUAGCUCCAAUUUCAGUAGACUACAAAGGCUUUGUUAUUUACGCCAUCUUCUUUGGGUUUGCGUUUGGCUGGCUAAGCUCAGUGCUUUUUGAGACCUUAAUGGACCUGGUCGGAGCUCAGCGCUUCUCCAGUGCUGUUGGGCUGGUCACUAUUGUGGAGUGUGGUCCUGUAUUGUUGGGGCCUCCUUUGCUUGGAAAGUUCAAGGAUAUCUAUCAUGAUUACAAGUACACGUACCAGGGCUGUGGGAUCCUCCUCAUUGUCUCCAGCUUCUUCCUGUUUGCAGGGAUGGGACUCAACUAUCGACUGCUGGACAAAGAGAAAAAGGAGGAGGAGAGGAGGGCCAGGGUGGGAGGUAGAGAACAAAAGUCCAAUAGGGACAAUGCUGCCAAAGAAAUGGCAGAGGCAAGGAACACAGAAGAUGCUGUCUAAUAUUCUGUACUAUGUUAAGAUACAUUCUGUAUGGUGGAUGUUUGUGAAAAAAAAAAAGAUGCAUGGGUGAAACAGUACAGGCAAACAUUCUUCUGUAUCAUUUAUGACUCCUCUUCUGUUUCACAAUGCAUUGUUUUUGAAGGCCACUACAGAAAUCAUACUCUUUUUUGCAAUUCCAUGCAAAAUAUUUACACACCUAUUAAAGCCCUUUAAACUCUAAUGAGCAAUCCACAUAAAAUACCUCUAAUAUUCUUGUAGGGACUGGUAUAUGAGUUUGGUAGACUAUUCAAGUUUGCUCAGCCUUUUAUGGCUCCAUAUCUUAAUAGGAUAUAAUGUUUUUCUUUUUUGUUUUGUUGUUUUUUUAAUCUCGGAUGGUAUCACUAUAAAUAUAGCCCUUUGUCUGUAACUUUGCUGCAGCACAUUAUAUAUAGUAUAUUAACCUUCUAAAAUGUGCCAUCAGAUAAUCGAUAAUUUUUCACCAGGGAACAUGUGCAGUGCAGGGUUUAUUUUUUAAAAGAGACUGCAAACAUUCUCUGUGAAAAUGCAUAUUUAUAGUACUCACUACAAUUAUACUAUCCACUUUGCUUGUCACACCAUCUCUCAAAAACAUUUAUAAAGACUUUUCUCUGUGUACCUUACCAAGGACCCGAUCGCACCAUGCAGUUUGUGAAGGUUUGAAAACACCCUUGGUGCCACUAUCACUUUGUAUAUUCCACAAAUAUAUUCAUACUAAUUCUUGAUUUCUCUUUUAAACAUGUUUUCCUGGUCCACUUUUGAUGAUGGAUGCCAGGACUUAUCAGUAAUUCUGAGGGCAGUAAACUUAG